AAAUAUCAACUGGAGGCACAGAGGAAAAACAUUCUCCUUUUUCUGGGAGCUGCAUCGGCUCAGAUGAGAGGCGAUUUCAGAGCAGUCGCUGACGCACUCAUACGAGCGGCCCUGGAAGUUUCUCCCCUCGAAGAAGACGAUCUAGAGAGAAAGACACAGAUUGUUUUAUGCAUUAGAAAACUUCCAGAGCUCAGUGUUCAACAUGGGGUUGAUACAGAGCCAUCAUCAGACUGGAACAAAGGCAAAUCAAACAGCACCAAGCCAUUUUGCUGAUAUGUAAAUCUACCUCAUUUGUGUAUCAAAGACUUGCUGCACUCUGCACAUUUUGUUUAUCGAUAAAUACUUUGAUGGGGCUGCAGCAAGGAAUGAGGUUUACAGUGCAUCCAAAUGGGGAAGAUCACAUUUUAUGAGGAGAAGAAUUUCCAGGGCCGCUGCUACAACUGCAGCAGCGACUGUGCUGAUCUGCACACGUACUUCACCCGCUGCAACUCCAUCAGGGUGGAGAGCGGUGUGUGGGUGAUCUAUGAGAGACCCAACUACAAGGGUUUCCAGUACAUCCUCAGCCCUGGGGAGUACGCGGACAACCAGCAGUGGAUGGCCUUCAGCGAGAACGUCAAAUCCUGCCGCACCAUAAAGAAUGCUUAUGGCACCACGUGGAAGCUGAGGCUGUACGAGAGGCCAGACUUUGGCGGGCAAAUGGUGGAGUGCUCUGAUGACUGUCCUUCAGUGUAUGACACCUACAAGAUGCGCGAGGCGUACUCCUGCGUGGUGACCGAUGGCGCUUGGGUGUUCUACGACCUCCCCAACUACAAGGGGCACCAGUACCUCCUAGAGCGAGGCGAGUACCGCCAGCACAGCGACUGGGGGGCAACCUCGCCCGGUGUGGGCUCCUUCCGCAGGAUCACAGAGUUUUAA